AAGCUUAUGUCAUCCCACGAAGCCUUAAAUUACGCGAAAGUUCUUGGCGUCGAACCGUCACGCCCACUUUGGAAUUCUUCGCCCGAUUUGACAGGCAAAUAACGCGUUCAUGGACGCCCCAACCACGCGUUCACGGUUCACCCCCACAGAUGUCAGAGAAAAUCAUCCCCUCCAAGAAAUGCGCCGACCGGCUCCCCAGCACUUCAUGUCCUCGUUCUUCUCUCCUCGCCGUCGGUUUGGGCUUCCUCAGCAGCCGCCAACCGCCAGCCGAACUCCUCCCUACCUUCGUCUUCGACAUCACAUAGGGCAUAACUCCAUCCAGCCUACUUUUCAAUACAAACCAUGGGCAGGAUGAGCAACGGAUUCAACACCCUCCUCCUCACUUUCAUCGCCUCGGAAACCAUCCGCGCAUGUCUCCUCUCCAAUGCCGUCCGAAGCGGGUGUAUCAUACCGCCCCUCGACAUCGUAUUCCUGUCCGAACUGCUCAAGUUCGCCGUGUCAUGGCUGAUGCUGGCCGUCGCGGGUCCCUCCCCACCUCUCAGUCGCACCUCCCCUAUCCGGAAGGACCGUGCGACGACGAAAGUGACAGGUUGGCUCCACCACGCGCAGGACAGCCCGCAUAUUGCGUGUGCAGUGCCGGCGCUUCUCUACUUUAUCUACAACGCACUGUAUAUGUUCGGAUUGAAGCAAACCACGCCGUCGUCACUGCACUUUGCCCUCGUGGCGAAGAUACCAUUUACGGCCCUGCUGCAUCAUUUGUUGAUUCGACGAGUGCAGAAGGUCAAUGCAGCCCAACGGUGGUUCGCCCUUUUCGGGAUUUUCGCUGGAAUGGCUCUCUUUGAGCUCACAGGCCGGCAUGACAGGGCGGACGACAGCACGGACUGGAUCGUGAAGUUUUUCGGGUUGGUUAUUGGCCUACUCAUCUCGCUCAUGUCCGGGUUCACCUCGAUAUACACGGAGCUGAUGUUGAAGGGCAAUACGAUGUCUUUCUGGCAAACCCAGUUCUGGUUGUACGGGUGGGGAUCGCUGUUCGGCCUGAUUGCCACCGUCGCGUACUGGUGGUCUUCGGAGGAGCCCAUUUCGCUUCUGGGCGGUUCAUCGCUUCUGCCGACGGGUUCAGUCGUCAUCGCCACAGCCCUUACUGGUCUUUUGGUUGCUACGAUUCUUCGCCAGCAGAACAAUCUUGUCAAACUCGUCGGAAAUUCGAGUGCGACGAUCUUCAUUUUCAUCGCUCAAGCUGCCAUUUUGCGCGACGGCCAGGCGCUGUUCACCCCGAUAGCUGUGAUCUGUCUCACCAUCAUGUCCAUAAGCAUAUUCGUGUUCAACCGCAGCUUAGGCGAACACUCGUAUGAGCUGCUCGGCGAACACAAAGGUCACACCCCCACCGGCUGGGGUCGUAGUCUCUGGUCAACGCUGUACAGCAAGACCGGCCUUCGGUAUGUCGGCGCCUUCGUCGCAGGGUCCUUAUCUCUAACUCUCCUGUGCCUCACGCUCAGAGAGUCGCCCGUACAGGCUCUCGCACGGACAGAACGUCUCAGAGAUACUCCCAUGAGAGACUGGACUGCGAAGCUGGUCGCAAAAUACCGCCUGAACGAGGCGUGGGGCACAUGCGACGGAAUGAAUCAAACGACGGAAAUUCAACCGAUCUUCUUCCCGUCUGUAUGGUACUCGAACACCGUUCCCAACUACCUCUACGAAUUCGUCGGCAGCGUGCGUGCGAAUCCCCAUAUCAACCUCCUCCUACUCGGCGCGGACGUCAAGGGCGAUCAAUGCUUGGGAUUGCGGAAACUGACAGCCGAACACAACAACACAAACAUCCGUCUCAUCUGUCUCCCGCCACCGACGAUGAUGUGGCUUUUUGCCGACGGGCUCUGUUCCGAAUGGAAGUGUUCGGAAUCGGAACUGGUGACCACAUUCGAGACGGUCCAAGCCCUCAUCGAAAUAAAACCGUACCUCUUCGUGGAUCUGAAGCCGAUGAUGGGCUCGGUGUGGCAGCGGUUGGUAAAUUGCAGCUCGCAUUGGGCUUUCGGGGAUAUGGACAUCGUUCAUGGGAACCAUGCCGAUAUGUUCCCGUGGAAAGCGCUGAAACAGUUUGAUGUUAUGAGCUUCUCGUUUGGAGAUGCGGAUCGGGUGUAUACGCGUGGACAGUACACAGUAGUGAAGAAUGAUCCGAAGGUCAUGGGAUUCUGGACGAGGAUUCCCGAAGUCGGGAAUGCCGCCAACUUCUCCGCGUCGUACGGCGAGAUGGUCAAACAGAAGAAGGUCUGGCAGCUGGUCACGGACGAAGGCUCCUUCUCUCAUCUGCUCGUCACCGGCGACGAACUCACAUGGGCGAUCAUGGUUCUAUUCGAAGCCCCGGAAUGGAGCGUAAUGAAAGGCGAACCCCGGAGCCAAUUCCUUAUUACGCGCGACUUGGAGAGCAAGUACGAGGUGAUGCAGGUCAACUACGACGCAGCGGUGUACAACGACUCGAUGCGUGCCGCCGCCGAGCUCGCCAAAGUGCGAUCCGCGUUCGACAAGCAGCCGACGCUAACGGAUUUCUUUGGGGAGCUUUCCGAAGCCGACGGGCAUCAGAUCUACCCGAUAGAACUUGGCCAUUUGCCCCACGACGAAUGCGAGGCGAUGGGAUGGAUCGAGCCAAAGUACCGCACCUGCUUCCGAACACUGUGGAACCACGAGGGUCGCCGCGCACAGUCAAAUCCUGUUCUGAUGCGCCGGCCGAAUCACACAUCCGUGGAAAUAAUGUGGUUUGGACCUCAGGGGCGGGAAGUGACACUGGAUUGGGACGGGAAUGUAUCGUUGGGAUGGGAUCCGUUAGCGAUCCGUGCCACCCGCCAUUUGUUCGCGCAUUUCCAGAUUUGGAAGCGCGAGCCCGGGUGGGCGGCCCGUCCUCUUGCGUUGGGUGAGACACUGCGGAUUACGAAGGACGCCGCGGAUGUUCCGAAAUUCGAGUAUGUCCCGUCCAGUAAUCGACUAUAAGAGGGGACGCGACUCAUUUUCGCGAUGGGACGGCGUAAAUGCGGUUGAGUAGAGAAACGGAGGCGGCGAUAGUCAUAGGUCAUAGGUCGCUGCAUUGACGGCGUAUUCAUAGGUUUGUGUACACUUCACAAAGCGUAUCAGCUAUAAUACUGUAAAUAGUUUCUGCGCGCUAAGACGUACAGUAUAAGCAAAUACUCAUCCCAUACGUUCCAUACCUCGCCUACGGAACCUGCGACCGGGGGUAGGCGACUGCUUCGCCUGUAUCA